ACGCCCGGAGCACCUCAGUUCGAGCAGAUCCGGUGUUGAGUGCGAAAGUGAAACCGAUUCCCGAGGAGAUGGGCCUGCUGCUACUGGUGCUGAUAGCGGGCAUUGGCUGCGCAACUGCAGCAGCCAACAUUGACCUGGAGGCCAAGACGUUUGUGAAUCAAUCGAGCGAUCGCUACUACAGGUUCUACAAUGAGAUUGCCGCCGAAACGUAUUCGGCCAACAACGAGGAGGACUUCGACGCCCUUUUCUCCAAGCUAAACAAUGUGAAGCGCAUUGCCGAGGAGCUGGUGAGCAUCUCCCGGCAGGCUGCGACCUACGAUCUGGACAGGAUUCGCAGCCCGCAGACGAAGUUAGCUCUCCAGGAGCUGCGCACUGCGGGUGACUUGUUCGUCCUGGGCGACGACUACUUCUCCUCCGUGCAGAUGAACUUGGCCGCCCUGCAAACGCUCUCCACGGACAAGGAUAUCGAGCCGUAUCUUGGUGGGGCCAAUAUGCCCAACGAGGACGACAGUCCGCUGGCCUAUUUCCCAGACAUCCAGAAGAUCGUGCAGAGCAGCAAGGAUGCCGACGAGCUGAAGUACUAUUGGGAGGCCUGGCGAGAUAAGAACCAGCUGUGGGCCUCCCUCAACUUUUACACCAUAGUGCAGUCGUACCAGAGGGCCGCCAAGAUCCUGGAGGUGCCGGUGCACAAGCUGUGGUACCGAUACGACAGCCAGGAGAUGCUGCAGCAGAUGGAGCAGGCGAUGACGGAGCUGCGCCCCGCCUACCAGCAGCUCCACGCCUUUGUCCGCCAGGAGCUGCAUAAGAAGUACGGCUCGGAUGUGGUCAAUCUCAAUGGACCGAUACCGGAUCACCUGUUCCAGCAGGUCCUCGAACAGGCCUGGGCCAGUGGCAGCAUCUUGGAGGAUUACUAUCCGCGUGCCCAGUUGCCGGAGUUCGAUGAGUACGUCAGUCACUUGACCGCCAAGGCCAUGGUGAAUGAGUCCGAGAACUUCUACACCUCGCUGGGUUUCGAGCCGCUGUCCGCCGAGUUCCACAAGAACCAGCUAAAGGAACCCAACCAGGACAGCCCCAACGACGACUGUCGCCCCUCCAUCUUCGACCUCACGCCACACGUCUACCUCAUGUACUGCGAGAAGGUCAGCUUCCGGAAGCUGAUGCAGUACCACAGCCACAUGGCCAGGGUGUACUACGCCCAGCAGAAGAGUCACCUGCCCUCCUACUACUUCAAGGCCUACAACCUGGAGUUCGCCGUCGGCGAGGCGGUGGUCCUAUCCGCAUCUUCACCGGCUCAUCUGACAGGACGCCGAUUGGCCAAGGAAGUGCUCAGCGAAACGGCCCUCAUGAGCCGCCUAUUCCGCAUGGCUAUCCACACGAUUCUUAGUAUUCCACUGUACUAUGUGCACACCAAGGUGAUGCAUGAUCUUCUCAACGACACUGUGGACAUGGACACCGUGAACAAGCACUAUUGGAGGCUCAUGGAGCAGCAUGCGGGCAUCGAGGCGCCCUCGGAUCGCUCUGAAGGUGCUAUUGAUUUUCCCUAUAAGUUCUACGUAAACAUCGACCAGAGCUUCCAGACUCAGAAAUUCAUAUCGGAAGUUCUGGGCUAUCAAUUCUAUCGCGAGUUUUGCAAGAAGAGUUUCAACAGGGGGCCGCUCCACAACUGUGACUUCUAUGGAAGCUUGGCCGUUGGCAAUGAUUUGAAAUCAAUGAUGUCAUUGGGCUCUACGAAGCCGUGGAAACAGGUGGUUGGCAAAAUACUGCCCAAUAACACGGGACUGAGUAGCUUGGCGCUGCUGGAGUACUAUCAACCUGUGUUAGGCUGGCUCAAUAAAUACAAUAAGGAUGCCAACUCGAAGAUUGGAUGGACUGCCUCCAAAAAAAAAAUUGUUUGAGGACUUGUAAUGAAGAGAAUUAUUAGCUUGAGCACAAAUAAUAACACAAAUAAAAUACAUUUCACCGUUUUGGGAUUUUGAAUAUUUCAAA